AUGAGAUUAUCAAUUACUGUUUUAACUGCUAUUGCCGCUUCUUUAGUUGCUUCUGCUCCAAUUACUCCAAUUUCAAACUCAACUGUUUCUGCUCCAACAGAUGAAACCUUAUCUACUGGUGAACAACAAUUACCUCAAUUUCAAGUUGGUGAUUCAAUUAUUGAUGAAAAUGGUGACUUAUGGGUUUUAGAAAAUGAUUAUCAAGAUAAUGAAAAAAGAGAUGCUGAAGCUGAAGCUAAAAACUUAUUCAAAAAUCCUGCUAAACAAUGGGCUAAAUAUUAUGCUAAUUCUGGUAAAUCAAAACCUCAUUGGACAACUUAUGGACCUUUUGAACCUCAAAAAAGAGACGCUAAUGCAGAUGCUAAAAACUUAUUUAAAAAUCCUGCUAAACAAUGGGCUAAAUAUUAUGCUGAUUCUGGUAAAUCAAAACCUCAUUGGACUACUUAUGGACCUUUUGAACCUCAAAAAAGAGAUGCUAAUGCUGAAGCUGAAGCUAAAAACUUAUUCAAAAAUCCUGCUAAACAAUGGGCUAAAUAUUAUGCUGAUUCUGGUAAAUCAAAACCUCAUUGGACAACUUAUGGACCUUUUGAACCUCAAAAAAGAGACGCUAAUGCAGAUGCUAAAAACUUAUUCAAAAAUCCUGCUAAACAAUGGGCUAAAUAUUAUGCUGAUUCUGGUAAAUCAAAACCUCAUUGGACUACUUAUGGACCUUUUGAACCUCAAAAAAGAGACGCUAAUGCAGAUGCCAAAGCUAAAACCAAAGAUUCUGCUGCUCAAGAAGAUCCAAAUGCGGAAGUUGAAUUUGGCAAUUAUUUGGCUGCUUUAUGGCUUUCUCAAGCUGGGCUUAUUUAA